ACUUGUGGUGGGGUAUGUAGUUACAAGGAAAUAUCAAUUCCAUAUUUAACAGUAUAAGUCCUACUUUCAUCAAAGACAGUGCUAAGCCAAUUUGUUUCUGUUAUCCAAAUAAGAUAUUGUAUUUGACAAUAUAUUUACAACUUUACAAUAUAAACAUGGUAAUAACAAAAUUCAUAUCUUUACCAACUGGACAGCAAAUGCCAAUAUUGGGAUUUGGUACCUGGCAGGCCAGUGAAGAAGAAAUAGAAACUGCAUUAGAUAUAGCUCUUGAAGCAGGAUAUAGACACAUUGAUACUGCUACAGUAUAUAUGAAUGAAAAAGCCAUUGGUAAGGUUCUAAAAAAAUGGUUAAACUCUGGCAAAAUUCAACGAUCUGAACUUUUUAUUGUGACAAAAUUACCAUCAAUUGGUAAUCGUCCCGGAGAUGUUGAAAAAUGGAUAAAAAAAUCUUUAACAAAUUUACAACUGGAUUAUGUAGAUCUUUACUUGGUACAUGUGCCAUUUACGCUUGAAGAAGUUGGAGAGGAAUUUCAUCCUAUGAAUGAGAAAGGAGAAAUUAGGUUUGAUACUUCUACGGAUCAUGUGAAAGUUUGGAAGGAGAUGGAAGAACAAGUUAAACAAGGACGAACAAAAGCUAUAGGUCUUUCAAAUUUUAAUGAAACGCAAAUAAGUAAGAUUUUAUCGAUUGCAUCUUUACCAAUUUCUAACUUACAAGUAGAGUUGCAUGUAUACUUCCAACAAGUUGAACUGGUAGAAUUUUGUAAAAGUAACAAUAUUAGUGUGACUGCAUAUUCACCUUUGGGUUCUCGAGGAUUGGUAAAAUUAUUGGGAAAAACGGAUGUCCUUCCAGAUUUAUUUACCAAUCCUGUUGUUUCGAAGAUAGCACAAAAAUAUAAUAAGUCUCCAGCUCAAAUUUUGCUAAAACAUAUUCUUCAUAAGAACAUCAUAGCAAUUCCAAAAAGUACAAAUGCACAACGAAUCAAAGAAAAUAUACAAUUAUUUGAUUGGCAACUAAAAGAUGAAGAUAUAAAUGAAUUGAAUGCUCUAAAUGCAGGAAAAUCUGCACGCCGAUGUGAUUUCACUUUCUUUAAAGGUAUUGAAAAACAUCCUGAAUAUCCGUUUUAAAAGCUUUAAGCUCAUAUUAUUAUUUGAAUAUGAUUAUGUUAAAGCAUGAUAUAUAAUAUUUACUAUUAAAAUAUAUAUCUAUAUAUUAUUAUGGGUGAAUGUUAUGGAUUUCUAAGUAUAAUUGUCAAAAAAUUAAAAUUACAAUAAAAAAUACGAAUUUCUGAUUACCUAUAA